AUGUAUUGUGGUCACAUCCGCGAACCAACUAUUAUUUUAGAAGCGGUGGCUUCCUAUGAUCUAUGGAUAUGGCAUGCAUAUUUUGGAUUACCUGGAUCUCAUAACGACAUAAAUGUGCUAGAACGUUCUUCUGUAUUCUCUCUCUUUGCUGAAGGGCGUGCUCCCCAAGUUGAGUACUCAAUCAAUGGAAAUGACUAUACAAUGGGAUAUUAUCUCGCUGAUGGUAUAUAUCCUCAAUGGUCAACAUUCGUUAAAACAAUCCCAUCUCCACGAGGCAAUAAGCAAAUACAUUUUGCUAAAGCUCAAGAGUCAGCAAGAAAGGAUGUCGAACGAGCAUUUGGGGUGCUCCAAGCACGUUUCGCAAUUGUGCGAGGACCUGCAUGUUUUUGGAAAGUUGAAACCAUUAAAGUUAUUAUGAAGGCAUGUAUAAUAUUGCAUAACAUGAUUGUUGAAGAUGAGCGAAAUGAACAAAAUAUAGACUGUAAUUAUGAUGCAAUCGAAGAAAGUCUCCCUCUAGCAGUGUCACAUGAGCGUACACCCGAACUUUAUGAAUUCAUUCAAAAUCAUCAUCACAUCAGAGAUAGACAAACUCAUUCUCAACUCCAAGCAGACCUAGUUGAGCAUUUGUGGCAUCUACAUGGCGAUUUGUAA